GGAGGGUAACAUAUGGGUCUUUAAGCGCAGAGAGGUUGCCCGUACGCGUGUAUGCCGCGGCAAUAAAGUUAUUUUGAAAGUGACCCUCCGUGGGGACCAGAGCCGACGGGACAGCUGAGUGUAUGUGGAACCAUGACUGAAGAUGACGGAUUCUGUGGUCGUGGAGGGUCUAGUGAAAAUACGAGACGGCAAAAAGUGGAAGAGUAGAUGGGUCGUGCUCCGCAAGCCUUCGCCUGUUGCAGACUGCCUAGUGGUGCUGGUUUAUAAGGAGCGGGGGGAGCGGGCGUUGGGCCAGCGGGAGCGGAGCAGCGUGACCCUGGAGCACAUCUACGGCCUGGAGCCGGGGCUGCCCUACGAGGGCCUGGGCCACUCGCUCACCAUCCUCUGCCUCAGCCAGAGCGUGGCGCUGGGCUUCGACUGCAAGGAGACCCUGCAGGCCUGGGGGCUACGCCUGCGCUACAGCCUGGGGGAAGUCCAUAGGUUUGGAGUUGCCGUUCUGCCAGGCACAAAGGUGGAGACCGGGCCGGCCACACUCUAUUUGUGCAACAACCUGCUCGUCAUAGCGCGGGACGUCCCCCCAGUCAUAAUCGGCCAAUGGAAUCUGCUUGAUCUGCGCAGAUAUGGGCCAGUGACCAAUGGCUUCGUCUUCGAGGGCGGGACUCGCUGCGGCUUCUGGGCUGGCGUGUUCUUCCUGUCGUGUGCAGAAGGGGAGCAGAUCAGCUUUCUGUUCGACUGCAUCGUGCGCGGCAUCUCACCCUCCCGCGGCCCCUUCGGCCUGCGGCCCGUCCUGCCAGACCCUAAUGUCAGUCCCGCCUCCAUUGAGGAGAGACUCAACCAUGAUGCUCAGGAACUAGAGAAGAGGCUCAGCAUGCUGUCCCACUGUAGUCACAUCAGUGCAGCUUCCACCUCCAGUUAUAGCACCUCAGUGGCGGGAGACGACCGGAGCAUCUCUGGAUCCUCCGACACCUCCGACACCAGCCAAUCAGACAGCAGCAUUGGCAGCCGUUUAGCCAUGUGGGCCGAUCCCACCUCGAGCACCGCCCCCGCCGAGGCUGCCAGCCAAUCAGGGGCCAAGAGUGUCCCGCUACUGGUGGAUGAGAAGCUGCCCGUCGCCCUCGGGGGUGGAGCCAGGCUACCCACUAAUGCCGCCUCCUCCAAACCGACGCGCUCGCGGCGGCUACAGGAGAUUGGUCGCCAGAGCUCCUCGGACAGCGGCAUCGCCACGGGAAGCCACUCCUCUUAUUCCGGAAGCUUCUCCUCCUACACCAGCAGCCUGGACGCCACGGGGGGCUCCGGCACCGGCGACGACUUCGGCUCCGUCCUCAGCUUGCCGCCGCCCCCGCUGCCCCUCACCGCCACUGCCCCUGCUGAACGGACCCUCUGCACGUGCCCGCCGUGCCCGGGGCAUGAGUACCAGGUACCCUCAUUGCUGCGGUACCUGUACGACACGCCCAGGAGCCUCCUGCACCCGCCUGGCACUGCCAAGGGCUCGGAUAAGGGCGCCAGCAGCGGCUCAGAGGACCAUCCUGGCACCACUGCCCUGGCUGAGGCAUCUAAGGACUCUGAGGCAUCCCAAGUCACGGCAGCAGCCCCUGGGCGACUCUCGCGGGGCAGCAGCAGCGAAGUGGCGCCCCCUGGUGAUGAACGGGCAGAAGUGUGUCAAAUCUGCACCCCAAGGGCCAUUUACACAGCCUGCUCCAUCUGUGGCGGCCUGAAGGGGGCGCCACUUGCUCCUGCGGUGCCAUCUGUCCCACUGGUGCCAGACAAAAAGAAGCAGAGGUGCAAAGCUGACCUGGCAUAUGAGGUCAUGGAGUCCAGGACAACGGAGAGGAGUUCGGAGGUAGAAGAGAAGAGCAAGUAUGAGCUUAUGGGCAGCUAUGGACAGCAAAGAAUUCCUCACAUGGACCUAGAAGGGGGUGUGUUCGUGUUCCCGUCGGAUGUUUCCACGGUGACUGAGAGGCCUCGAGGAGUCGGAGACGGAGUGACCUAUGUUAAUAUUCCUGUGAGCCCCACGUCCAAAAAGCAGCUCAACUACAUGGAGCUGGAGCUACAAGAGACCAGUGCAUCAGUCAGAGGGAGAAGCUCCACGAAGUACGCCCAGAUUGACAUCACCGCCACGGAGACGGCGCACAAGGUGGGGACCCAGCAUGCACUGGGGCGGGAGGAAGGGCUCCUGAAACUGGAGCAGAAGCGGAGAGGCGGGCUGCCACAGUGAGGAGGAGCAGGAGAAGUUUACCUUUGACCCCUGACAUCAUUGGCAUGACAACAGGCUGGAAAGUGGACUGCGUUUGUGGACAAGAGAGGUGGCCAUUUUUGGAUGUCGUGAAAAUGGAGGACUGGCUUGUUUGAAGUGAUUUGGGUUUGUGAGGGGUAUGGUCGACAUUAUAAUGCUGAUAUACUUGGGACAUUGACUGGGAAGAGAGAGUAAGAUGAAUGACUCAAGCCUACUUUUGUCCACUUUAAAGAACUGGUGGACUGUGGACUACACAAAGUGAGCCAACUAUAGACGCCUGCCCCCUCUUAGGCUUGAGCACCCCAACAACGCCUCAACUAUCUCACAUCUAAACAUAAACCAGAGAACCUAUUUAGACCACUAAGGGAUAUGUGUCUUUAAGGAUACAAAUCGCCCACCAAUUAAUUUAAUCUGCUGGCACUUCGCGCAGCCAUCCAAAACAAAAACAAGGACACACACACACACACGCACACACACACACACACCACAUCCCCAUCACAUUCAGUGGUGUUUAAGUGACAGCUCGUUUGUUGUCAUUAUGUUAGCAGCUAGACGAGGUUGUGUGGGGGUGGGGGGGUGGGGGGGGGGGGGGGGGGAGUGGUCUUGCGUCUGCAGAGGGUGUGAAUAUGGCCGACUGCUGCUGAGUCACCCAGGCCUGGAUGCCCCGCAGCUGUAACUCCUCAGUAACUCGUCGCUGAGAGCCUUAAUCUAAUGCAGUAUGCCUGUGAUUUCAUUUCGGGGCGGGAAAAAAUGGCAUGUUCAAUUAUACAGGGCAUCACCUCCGAUAAACCUCCCCUCUGUAGUGGUGAGGUAAUUUCUGCCCCUCCAACCCUGUAUUUCUAUAUCACUAUUUGGUGUUAUUUUAUUAUUUCACGAUGGUUAUGUAGACUUUAUAUUAUGCUCUGAAACAUUAAGGAGUAGACCCUGGAGUGAAGUCUUUUUAAGAGGAUAAUUUCUACAGGCAUAUACACCAGAAUGAAGUAUUUUUUGCCCUUGAUGAUGUUACACUGAAGUUAUAAUCCAAAAAUGAGCUCCAUUAACCUGUUUAAGAACAUCCAUAAGAAUGAAUUGAUCAUCUAUCAUAUCCAUUAAUCACAAUAUAGUUAACAUCAUUGUACAUUUGCCAUUUAAAAGUUGAGUCUUGUAGGGUCUGUAGUGAGAGUUACAAAAGAACCUGAAGGGUAUCCUAGCAAUGCGUAGGUUUAACCUCUGGUGGAAAUAGGAUAUCUGUGGUUCAGUCACUGACAGCUCUGAGAAAACAGUCAUAAAUAAUUCAGCUCUAAAUGAAAAAAAAAAACAACACUGAAAUUCGGUUGACCACCCCCAACGGACACAAACACACACGCACGCAUGCAUGCACACACACACGCGCAGCACACACACACACACACACACACACACAGACACACACACACACACACACACACACACACACUCACUCACUCACUCACUUGUGGAAGACAUAGGAAAAACCAUACUCAGCUGUGUUCUAGCAGUCAGGGGUGCUUGUGCAGUCUGUAUUAUAGAUAGCGCUAUAGAAUGAUGAGUUCUAUAGAAUGGCGAACGCUAUAGAAUAAUGAGUUCUAUAGAAUGAUGAGUUCUAUAAAAUGGUGAGUGCUAUAGAAUAACGAGUUCUAUAGAAUGAUGAGCGCUAUAGAACGCUGAAAAACAACAUGCUCCUAGUUGCUAAUGCAGAUGAUUGCAUGUGCUGUAUUUUAUGAAGGAUCUCCAGCGGAUGUCACAUAGGCUUGUGCUAUAAUGAGUUUGCAUAGUACAUUUAAUAGCAUUAUAGUGCAUAACCUGGGGAUUCCUGUUAUCUGUAAAUGUAUAUGGAAAUAAGUGCAUUGUAAGUAGGGCCUUGAGAAAAUGCCAUUGUUUGUCAAAACCUAGUUUCUUCCUAUGAGGCUGUAAAUACCUAUGGAUGUGUUGUGUUUCAUUUGUUUGUUUGUUUUUAGAUGUAUAGGCUUGUCUUACUUUAUCCCCCUGUAAUUUAUAUUCAGGUACUUGUCAGGAGAAAAAGAAAUCAGUAUUUUUGGAAAUAUUAAUUUUGACUAUUUUGUUUCUAACAAAUAGAAAACCAAUAAAACAGUUUAUUGUGCUUU